AUGUGCAGCAGAGCUUGCUUCUUGCUGCGAAGGGAAUUCCAAGAGUUGAAAGAGAACAACUAUGUGGGUAUUAUUGCCUUUCCUGUAAGUGAAGAUAUGAUGGAAUGGGAAGCUGAUAUUGAAGGUCUACAGAAUACAAUUUGGCAUGGAAUAUACUUCCAACUGGCAAUAAAUUUUACAUCGGAAUAUAAUCUUGUCCCUCCAGUUGUGACAUUUAAAACCAUUCCUUUUCAUCCAAAUGUAGACCAAUAUACUGGUCGACCCUGUAUAGAUUUUUUGGACAACUUUCAUCACUGGAACUCAAGCUAUACAUUGAGCAGCAUCUUACUUACCCUUCAGGCUAUGCUUUCUAAUCCAGUGCUUAACAAUCCAGUUAAUUUGGAAGCAGCCAGAAUACUGAUUGAAGAUGAAUCUACGUACAGACUAAUAGUUGAAAAACUUUUCCGUGAACCAUUACAAUUGAAAGUUGACAGCUAUGAGUUAUUAAAAGACUCGGAUAAAUGUAUCAGAUCAAUUAAAAUUCCAUUUGAUGAUUACUACAAGACGUGGUCCGAAAUAGCUACGUCCAAAGCUGCGGAAUGUUACAGAACCCCACUGCUUGAAGAUCCAAGUUUCAUUAGACAGUAUAAUCAAUGGAAGAGAAUGCAGCUAAAACAUAAUGAAGAAUGGGAUUUAAAGUAA